AUGAAGAAUGUAAGAGAAGGGUCCAUGGGCGAUUGGGUUUCAAGUGGGAAAAAGAAGGCAACCAUGGCGCUUUUCCUUCCACCACUUUCACGCACGUUCUCCUGUCUCCCCGGGGAGAGGGCGUGCCCAGCACCACGACCCGCCUUAUCUGUGCAUUCGUUGGUGGAUCCUGAGGCCUGUUACUGCCGAGUCCCGCCCAAACCACGCCCCCACGCAUUCCGCAGGACCAGGAGAAGGCGUGGUGAUUGUGGCGCUGGACCUUCGAGACCGUCUCCUCUCGUAAGAAUUGGGACGCGCUCGAAGGCCGGCGCUGUGAGGGUGGGAGUGCAUUCCGCGGUCCCGCGGAGUCGGCGCGAGAGGCCCGCGACCGCUGCUGGCGCACGCCGCGCCCCGCUGCCCCGGCACGCGGCCUCCGCGCGAGUUCGCGCACGCACGCGCGCGCGCACCUGCCCAAGCCUCGGCCUGGGCAGCGGGGACCCGCCUGGCGGAGGCUGGGCCGCUGAGGUACGAGGGGAGGAGCCCGAGCUGUGGCGCUGUUGUCGCUGCCGUCGCCGCCACUGCCGCCGCCUCCGAGAGGAGCAUGUCUGCAACUCGAGCCAAGAAAGUGAAGAUGGCCACCAAAUCGUGCCCCGGGUGCGACCAACAGAAGUGGACUGUACCAUAUCUUUGAAAGAGUUGCGAAUACUGUUUUUAUAUGAAUUUAAACUAGGACAUAGUGCAGCCACAGCAAGUAGAAACAUCAAUUCUGUCUUUGGAGAAGGCUCUGUUAGUGAAAGGACUAUCCGGUGGUGGUUUGAAAAAUUUCGUUCUGGGGAUCUGAGUCUGAAAAAUGAGCCUCGAGGGAGACCUAAAUCUGUUUUAAAUGAAGAUCAAUUGAGAGCCAUGGUGGAAGCUAACCCCAAAAUGGCAAUUCGAGGCCUUGCAGCAGACUUAGGAGUUUCUGCUACAACAAUUUCUCGACAUUUGGCUGCAAUAGGAAAGGUGAAAAAGUUGGACAAAUGGCACCACGACCCGCCUUAUCUGUGCAUUCGUUGGCCGAUCCCGACGCCCGUUACUGCUGAGCCACGCCCAAGCCACGCCCCCACGCAUUCCGCAGGAGAAGGCGUGGUCAUUGUGGCGCUGGACCUUCGAGACCGUCUCCUCUCGUGA